AUCGGUGAGUAAUCCAAGCGGAGACACAAUCCUUGAGACAGAUACAGAUAUCCUCCAACUCUCUUUCAAGGUAUUUUCCGUAUCAUUCACUACUGAUUCUGCCGCUGCUGCUUUCGGCACCCUUUUUCACCUUCUACUAAGAGAGUUGUGCCCCAACAAGAUAUACUUUGUGUCUAGAAUCCAUCUUACAAGAUGUGAUGAUGUUUAAGUUCUCUGGGUUUGGAAAUGGCUGUAAGGAGGACUAAUACCUUCAAGACUUUGAGCGUAGAGAGAAUUCUUAUGGAAAAUAAGUCAUACUGAAUCUCGAGAUUGUUCAAUUCUUCAGCAAGCCAUGGCUAAAUCUGGUGCCUUUGUGCCGGUUCCUACAGCGUUCCGCAACUUCAUUUCAAGAGACGCAAAUUCUUCUUUCCCAGCCGAAGCUGGAAGAUACCAUCUGUAUGUAUCAUAUGCAUGUCCCUGGGCAUCCAGGUGCCUUGCCCUCCUCAAACUCAAAGGACUUGAGAAAGCCAUCGGUUUCACUUCGGUCAAAUAUAAAUUUGGGAGAACAAAGGAUGGUGAGGAUCACAUGGGAUGGGUUUUUCCUGCCUCAGAUACAGAGGAACCAGGAGCUGAACCAGACCCUAUAAACGGGGCAAAGAGCAUAAGAGAGUUGUAUGAGCUUGCAAAUCCAAACUAUUCUGGAAGAUACUCGGUUCCUGUUCUGUGGGAUAAGGAGCUGAAAACAAUUGUAAAUAACGAAAGUUCAGAGAUAAUCCGCAUGUUUAAUGCUGAAUUCAAUGAAGUAGCAGAGAAUGCAGCCCUGGACCUUUACCCUCCUCACUUGCAAGCCCUGAUCAAUGAGACCAAUGAGUGGACAUUUGAGGGGAUCAAUAUUGGUGUUUAUAAAUGCGGGUUUGCCACACAGCAAGAGCCCUAUGAAGAGGCUGCAAAGAAAUUAUUUGAGGCUUUGGACAGAUGCGAGGAGAUUCUAGGCAAGCAGCGUUACUUGUGUGGGAACACAAUUACUGAAUCUGAUAUCCGGGUGUUCACAACGCUUAUAAGAUUUGAUGAGGUUUAUGUAGUUCACUUCAAGUGCAACAAGAAGCUGCUACGGGAGUACCCAAACCUGUUCAACUACACCAAAGACAUAUACCAAAUGCCUGGCAUAAGUAGCACAGUCAACAUGCAACAUAUCAAGCGGCAUUACUAUUUGAGCCAUACUGGCAUCAAUCCUCAUGGGAUUAUUCCCAUUGGCCCAAACAUCGAUUAUUCUGCUCCUCAUGACAGAGAAAGGUUUUCUAGCUAGUGUAAUGUGAUGUUUCUGCAAGCUCCUGUUGAAAUAAUUUGUUGAUUGGAAUUAGAUUGUUUACUCAAAAAGGAGACGUGUGUCAUCUAAUGAUUGUAUGAUACUGGGCGUGGUGUUAUGUUAUUGAAUAAGGUAUACAACAUGAGUUGCUGGCAGAAA